ACCAUUUUACAUUCCUACCAGCAGUGUACAAGGAUUCUGAUUUUUCACAUCUUCACCUCCACUUGUUAUUUUCCACUUUUUUGAAUAGCCAUCCUAAUGAGUAUGAAGUGUAAACUUUAACUUUUGAGUUUACUUUGAAAAUCAGUUAUACAUGAAGUUAAUUCAAGAAGUAUUUUUGAGCCCCUGUUAUAUAGAGAGCACUGUUACACUCUGAGGGAAUAACAAGGAUGAGUAAAAUAUACUGUUGAAUCUUUAGGGGAUUUACAAUUUAUUUUUCCCCUCCAAAUGUAUUUGGGAACAAGUAAGUCAACUUAAAUUUUUAUCGGGUGGUUGGAAAAACUAAUCCAGAGAUCUUACUUUAUAGAAAAUUGGUAGUGGAGAUAAAAAUGUUUAUUAAACUAAUUUUCAAAAGAAUACAAUCAAAUGCUAAUUAUAUAGUUCUUCGGAAAAUUCACAAUAAGGAUUACAUUAGGCAAGGUCUCUAAUUUUUUUUUUUUUUUUACAGGUUAGACUUGUUAAAAGAAUCCUUGAUAGAUUGCUAUAAUGGCCACUGCUCAGCUCUCUCAUUCUAUCAGAAUUCACAAGGCACCUAAGCAAACAGUUUUCCCAUGUCAAAUAACUAAGGAGCAUGAGUCAUUGAUAAUGGUGAAGAAACUUUUUGCUACUUCUAUCUCAUGUGUAACAUAUCUAAGGGGCCUGUUUCCAGAGAGCUCUUACGAAGAAAGCCAUUUGGAUGACCUCAGUUUAAAAAUCCUCCGAGAAGAUAAAAAAUGUCCUGGGUCACUGCAUAUUAUCAGGUGGAUUCGAGGUUGUUUUGAUGCUUUGGAAAAGAGAUACCUACACAUGGCAGUACUUACACUUUACACAAAUCCGAAGGAACCUGAGAAAGUGACUGAGAUAUACCAGUUCAAAUUCAAAUACACAAAAGAAGGAGCCACUAUGGAUUUUGACAGCAGUAGCACAACCUUCGAAAGUGGGACAAACAGUGAAGAUGUUAAGAAAGCCAGUGUUCUACUGAUGCGUAAAUUGUACAUGAUGAUGCAGAACCUUGGACCCCUUCCUAAUGAUGUUAUACUUACUAUGAACCUCCACUACUAUAAUGCAGUGACCCCACAUAACUACCAUCCCCCUGGUUUUAAAGAAGGGGUAAACUCACACUUCCUGCUGUUCGAGGGGAACCCUGUAAACCUGCAAGCGGGAUUGGUCUCCACUGGCUUUCACAGCAUGAAAUUAAAAGUCACAACUGAGGCCACCAGAGUGUCUGAUUUGGAGGACAGAGUCUUUCAGGAGAGCAGCACUACAGAGAUCGCCCAUCAGGGUCUAGACUGUGAUGAAGAGGAAGAGGAAGAGGAAUGCAACAAUCACAUUCAAAGAAUGAAUUUUGUGUACAGUCAGCAAAGUUCUGAGAGCUCCAGGAAGAAGAGGAAGGUCAGCCAACCAGUGAUCUUCAUCCCUGACAGAAAAUGAAAGUUAGAUGCCUUUGCUACUUUUAUUCUAAAAUAAGUUUAUUUUGCAACAAAUAUGCAUGAAGUGUCGUAGUAGGAAAGUAAGUUCCUAUCACCAAAACCUUUUACUAAAUUUGCUGCUCAACUUUUUGAGUCAGUUUACUAAGUGCUAAAUUACUGGGUAGGACGUGGGUUCACUUUGCCACAGGGAAACAAGGUCACCAGGGCUGCUUUGGGACAGCAUUACUUCAAGGCUGAGUUAGAGAUGAGACACCCUUUAUAUUUGUUAAAGAACCACAGCAGCUAUUUUGAAAAGAAAUAAGCUGUUGUUCUCAAAGGAAAGAGGGUUUUCUUUGCAUAAUUAAACUUCCCAGGUACUUAGACUACUGUGAAGCAUUUUAACUUGUUGUAACCUGUGUGCUAGAAUCCCUCUUUAGCUUUAUUAAAACUCCCACAAAAUUGCAUAGCAUGUGUGUGGUGGUGCUUAUCCAGGUGUGAUUUUUGUGUUAACUUCAAUCACGAGGUUGAUCAGCUAAGUGCUGGACCAAAACGUACUCUCCCUGUAGAGUUCCUCAAAGCUGGUCCUCCACCCGGUUCUGUUGGCCAGCCCGAGACAGGACUAGCUGCAGUGCAGGAGCCUGGCUCCCUUCUGAAGGCCGAUGUUAAAUGCUUCCCCCAAAACUUCAGUUUAUCAGUCUGUAACCUGCAAAUGAUGCUACUAGUCCUCUCCUUAUUCUGGAAGAAUUUUGAUAGACUUAAUGAUUAGUAUCAGAUGAAUAAUAAAUGAUGAAGUAUUAUUUUUAUUAUUUAUAUAACAUGAAAUUUAAUAAUUUUGUUUAAAUGGAUAGGACCAAUAAGUUAAAUGUUAUAAGUGUGUGUGCUUUCUGGUUAAAUAAAGCCAAAA